AUGCGCGUUUCGACCAGUUCUGUACAAAAUCCGCUUCUUAUUCUAAACCGCGUUGAGGAUACUACACCUCGCAAAAACGUGCCUCAUGUAGAGCCCCGCUCGCACUUGCUGAUUGUUGAAUACAAAGAUAGGAGGUGGAACAUCAGUUCGAUCCUCAAUCUCCCGUAUUUAACCACGCCUGACGUCCUCUUUGUCCAGGCGAUGCGAGUCAUUAUUGGUAGCACCUUGUCCGCGCGUCUGCUUAUUGUGCAUAUGGGUAUUUCCGGUCGCUCGGAGUGGACAGCUUCGCUAUCUGGUGAACUGGAGCUGCCACCCAUGCACGUAUGCAGAGGCCUUUACAUUGCCAAGAAGUCCUCGUUUGUGAGCGUCGCCUCCACUGAGAAGCGCAAGCGCGGACCAUUUUUCCAUGCUGUUACAAACCUGGAACCAUUACCAGUCUAUCUGUCCAAGCUCAAGGUGCCAUCGCAUGCACGAUUUGAACCUAUUGUCAGAGAUACUAGCGACAUGCAGCAAUCAACUGUACUUGCUGACAAUAAGGCUACAAGCAGCCUCAAUCAAAACAACUGCAAUAGUGACGAGAACAAGGACCUGCUGAAUCUAAUUCUGGUGAAAGUAAUGGCCAUGCAGACUCAAUUGAACACUCGCUUUGAUACUGUGGAUACAAAAUUACUGCAGUUGACGGCUCGUGUUGAGCAAUUGGAACGGAAUGACCGAACACCUGAUACAUAA